AUGAACGGCGACAACUAUUCGUCUAGAGAAGGCGACAACCGUCGGGAUCAUCAGUCUUCGCGCGGUGAACGAGGUGAACGAGGCGAACGCGGCGAACGAGGCGACAGGAGCGAUCGUGGUGAUCGUCGUGACCGCGGCGAUGACCGACGAGACAGACACAGAGACAGAAGACGCUCGCGAUCCCCCCACGAUCGCCACCGCCGUGACCGCGACCGCGAUGGCGAUGCAUAUGCAUCCAGCAGAAACCACAGGGAUAGGGAGCGCGAGGAACGAUACCAGGGCGGGGGCGGUCGCGAACGUCGAGGCGACAGAGAAUGGGACAGAGACCGCGGCAGCUCGCGCCGUGAUGCCCGACGUGAUGACGAUGGCCAUGGCAGGCGCGAUCGCGAUGGUUUCGAUGACCAACGUCGUGGCGGCAGAGAGCGCCGCGAUGACGGAUUCGCUCGCCAGCAAGAACGCCGAAGCCCUUCUCCCCCGAAGCGCCGUGAGCCCACGCCUGAUCUGACCGACAUUAUCCCCGUCCUUGAGCGCAAGCGCCGCAUGACGCAGUGGGAUAUUAAGCCUCCUGGAUACGAAGCUGUCACAUCAGAACAAGCAAAAAUGUCGGGCAUGUUCCCUCUGCCCGGCGCACCGCGACAACAGCAGAUGGACCCAUCCAAGCUCCAAGCUUUCAUCAACCAACCCGCGGGCGGCCAAGUCAGUAGCGCUGGACUCAAGGCCAGCAACUCGAGACAAGCCAAGCGUCUUCUGGUUUCUAACCUCCCGAGCGGAGCGACUGAUGGCGCGCUUGUUGCAUUCUUCAACUUGCAGCUGAACGGUCUCAAUGUCAUCGAGGCCACGGACCCUUGUGCGCUAAGCCAGCUCUCGAACGACAACUCUUUUGCGGUCCUGGAAUUCAAGAAUACGGGUGAUGCCACAACUGCUCUUGCUCUGGAUGGAAUUUCCAUGGUAGCCGACACUCCAGGAAUUAGUAUUCGUCGCCCGAAGGACUAUGUCAUGCCCGCCGUACCGGAAGAUGUUAUCUACAAUCCCGAGGUCGUCUCUAAUGCUGUGCCUGACACAAUCCAUAAGCUCUGCCUUACAAACAUACCGCCGUUUCUCACCGAAGAUCAGGUAUUGGAGCUCCUGGCAGCCUUUGGCAAACCCAAAGCCUUUGUGCUCGUCAAAGACAGAAGCACGGAGGAAUCGAGAGGAAUCGCAUUCGCCGAGUACGCUGACCCUGGCAGUGCAAACGAGCCGGCCCUAAACACUCUCAACGGAAUGGAUGUGGGCGGCAAGAAGCUCAAAGUUGUCAAGGCCUGUGUUGGCGGAACCCAGGUGGCAAACUUCGAUGCUGGUAUUAAUGCUAUCAGUAACCUUGCUGGCCAAGGAAAUGGAGGCGAGGCCACAAGAGUUCUCCAGCUUCUCAACAUGGUUACUGCUGAGGAGCUCCUUGAUAACGACGACUACGAAGAAAUCUGCGAUGAUGUGCGAGACGAGUGCUCCAAGUACGGCAAGAUUUUGGACAUCAAGGUACCACGUCCAGCUGGCGGAAGCCGCCAAUCGGCUGGUGUCGGUCGUAUUUUCGUCAAGUUCGAAUCGGCAGACUCUACCACUAGCGCCCUCAAGGCACUAGCAGGUAGAAAGUUUGCCGACAGAACCGUCGUGACGACGUACUUCCCUGAGGAGAACUUCGAUGUCAGUGCCUGGUAA